AUGACAACUCCCCGUAAAGAAGUGCAUUCCGGCUCCUCAACCGGUUCCGCCGGCAUCCCGACCUUCAGAGCAGACCAGCGCAAUCAGUACGAUCCCGCGACCACCGGUUAUAACAGCGCCACUGGCGCCGGGUACAAGACUGGUGCUGGUGCUGGCACUGGAGCUGGCGCUGGCAAGGCCGAUUAUGAUUACUAUCGCCCACCUUCACCUACCGGAGGCUUUGAUGCUCCGGAGGGCGAUCCUCGAAUCUCUCAUUGGCCUAGUACGGCUGAGCGGGUGAAGAUGGAGAAGGAGAUGGAGAAAUCGCAGAAGGGAUUCAAAUCGCAACACGCCAGUGAGGGGGUGGGGAAGGGUAUAAAGGGGCUUGCGGCCGGAGUUCAUGGCGCUGGUGAGACACUACGCGGGGCACUCAAUGCGACAGUUGAUCGGGCGUUUGGAUCCCAUGAGAGUGCUGAAUGGAAUGAGGAAAUUGCGCGUCGGGGUGAACAGGAGAUCUCUACGAAGGAUUUCAAGGAGACUCCCCGUCGUGAGUGA